CAUCGUUCGUGGCUUAAUCACAAUUUAUGUUAUAUUUUUUUUUUGCUGCUGUAAGUGUAAGAAAUAAGAAUACAUUAAAAUGCAGUACAAUUAACUCAUACCUCUUGUAUACACACAUCAGUUUUUAUUUUUAUUUCUGAUACCAAUCUAAACCGAUUACAUGAAUAUACAAGCAGUAAAUAAAAAUAUUUUUUGAUGAUCAUAGUAUUUAACUCUAUAUUUCCUAAAAAUGGCUGAUAAUUUUCAAAAUAAUAAAACUAUGGCUCCGGUAAUGAUGGACUACGACUUUAAAGUCAAAACUCAAAACGAGCGAUCUAAAGUUGAAGAUCUCUUUGAUUUUGAGGGAUGUAAAGUUGGAAGAGGGACAUACGGACAUGUAUAUAAAGCUCGGCGAAAAGAUGGAUCUGAUACUAGAGACUAUGCAUUGAAACAAAUAGAAGGGACUGGACUUUCCAUGUCAGCUUGUAGAGAAAUAGCCUUGCUGAGGGAAUUAAAGCAUUCUAAUGUUAUAAACCUUAUUAGAGUUUUUCUUUCUCAUACGGACCGAAAAGUAUGGCUGUUAUUUGACUUUGCAGAACAUGAUUUAUGGCACAUAAUAAAGUUCCACAGAGCAGCCAAAGCAAAUAAAAAAUCUGUGAUGGUUCCAAAGGGCAUGGUGAAAAGUUUAUUAUACCAAAUUUUGGAUGGGAUUCAUUAUUUACACUCAAAUUGGGUUCUACAUAGGGAUUUGAAACCAGCUAAUAUUCUUGUGAUGGGAGAAGGACCUGAAAGAGGAAGAGUUAAAAUAGCAGACAUGGGUUUUGCAAGAUUAUUUAAUGCACCUUUAAAACCUUUAGCGGACUUAGAUCCUGUUGUAGUGACAUUCUGGUAUAGAGCACCAGAAUUAUUAUUAGGUGCUAGGCAUUAUACAAAAGCUAUUGAUAUAUGGGCAAUAGGAUGUAUAUUUGCCGAGCUGUUGACAUCAGAACCUAUUUUCCAUUGUCGUCAAGAAGACAUCAAGACGAGCAACCCAUAUCAUCAUGAUCAAUUAGAUAGGAUAUUCAAUGUAAUGGGUUUCCCACAGGAAAAAGACUGGGAGGAUAUCAGGAAGAUGCCGGAGCAUGCUACCUUAGUAAAGGACUUUAAAAGAUCAAAUUACCAAAAUUGUUCAUUAAGUAAAUACAUGGACAGACAUAAAAUCAAACCGGACAGUAAAGCAUUUAGUUUACUCCAAAGAUUACUCUUAAUGGAUCCAAAUAGAAGGAUAACAUCGGAACAGGCGAUGCAAGACCCUUAUUUCACUGAAGAUCCUUUACCAACACAGGAUGUUUUUGCAGGAUGCCCCAUUCCGUAUCCUAAGAGGGAAUUCCUGACUGACGACGACCAGGAGGACAAGAGCGAGUCCAAGGCACGCCAGAAUCAGCAACAACAGCAGAACCCUAAUACCCAACAAAAUCAAGUACAAGCAAACAGUCAUGACCAUGGAGCUAACAAUGCUAAGAGAAUGCGAAUGCCAGGACCAAAUCAAGGCCAAUCAAAUCAAGGUAACGGCCAGCAAGAGUUCCACCAACAACAACAGAUGAUGUUUGGUGCACAACAACAAGGAGACAAUUCACAACAGCAGGCCAACUUCCAACAGAGGUUCUAGAUGAGGAGUCUGAUUGAUUUAGAAUGACGAAAUGUCGCUAAUAUGUCAAAUUUUAAAGCCAAUCUCAAUGUUGGACGAAUGAAACAUAUCAUUGGCCAAAAAUGUUGACAACUAUUAAAUAGUAAGUAGAUAAAGGUCUUAAUUAGUCAGUUUUCAUUCCAGGAUUUUUUUCUGUUUGACAUCAUUUUUUAUACUGUUGUGAUAGUGUCUUGUUGAUCGUAAAAUUUUUUUCCC